AAAAAUUUGAAAAUAUGGGCCAGUCAAAUGUUUACAAUAAAAAGUAGUAUGAAAAUGGUGAUAUAUAUUCUGGAGAGUAUUUAAAUGGUCAAAGACAUGGAUAUGGUAGAUAUAAUUGGAAUAAUGGAGAUGAAUAUGAUGGAUAUUGGGAAAAUAAUAAUAAAAGUGGAAAAGGAACAUUUAAAAAAGCAUAAAAUUUUGAAAGUUAUGGUGAUUGGGCAAAUGAUAUGAUGAAUGGUAAAAACUUUUGUAAAUAUGCGAAUGGAGAUUCAUAUGAUGGAGAUUGGGUUAAUAAUUAAAAACAUGGAUAAGGACGAUAUAAAUGGUCUAAUGGAGAUGAAUAUAAUGGAGGUUGGGUUAAUAAUAAAAGAACAGGAAAGAGUACAUUUAAAAAGGCUAAUAAAUUGGAAUGUUAUGGGGAUUGGUUAGAUGAUUAGAUGAAUGGAAAGAAUAUUUGCAUAUAAACAAAUGGAGAUUCUUAUGAUGGAGAUUGGGUUAAUAAUUAAAAGCAUGGAUAAGGUAGAUACAAAUGGUCAGAUGGAGAUGAAUACAAUGGAGGUUGGGUAAAUAAUAAAAGAACUGGAAAGGGUUUCUUUAAAAAUGCUGAUGGAAUAGAAUGUUUUGGUGAUUGGGAAAAUGAUUAGAUGAAUGGAAAGAAUAAAUGCAAUUUAGGUAAUGGAGAUUCAUACGAUGGUGAAUGGGUUAAUAAUUAAAAGCAUGGAUAAGGUCUAUACAAAUGGUCAGAUGGAGGUGAAUAUAAUGGAGAUUGGUUCAAUAAUCAUAGGACUGGAAAAGGCUAAAUGAAGUAUGCUAAUGGGGAUUAAUAUAAUGGAGAUUGGGUUAAUAAUCAAAAGCAUGGAUAAGGUGAAUACAAAUACUUUAAUGGAGACUAAUACAAAGGAACUUGGCUAAAUAAUCAAAGAACUGGAAAGGGUUAAAUGAUAUAUUUUAAUGGAGAUUAAUAUGAAGGAGAUUGGUUUAAGGGUCAAAAACAUGGUAAGGGUAUUUUUAGAUCAUCUAAUGGAUUUUACUAUGAUGGAAAUUGGCUAAAUGAUUAAAGACAUGAUGAAGGAAAAAAUAACUCAGUUUGA